AUGGAUUAUAAUUUUAAUGGGGCCAGAUGGAUUUCUGAGCUCGGCAUCUAUCCUGCUGUCGAUCCACUUGAUUCAACGUCUCGUAUGCUUUCCCCCCACAUCUUGGGAGAAGAACAUUAUAACACAGCCCGUGGUGUACAAAAAGUUCUUCAGAACUACAAGAAUCUUCAAGAUAUUAUUGCCAUUCUUGGAAUGGAUGAGCUCAGUGAAGAUGACAAAUUGACUGUUGCACGUGCUAGGAAAAUUCAACGGUUCUUGAGCCAGCCUUUCCAUGUUGCAGAAGUUUUCACGGGUGCCCCUGGCAAAUAUGUUGAGUUGAAGGAGAGCAUUAACAGCUUUCAGGGAGUCUUGGAUGGAAAAUACGAUGACCUUGCAGAGCAGUCAUUUUACAUGGUUGGAGGAAUAGAAGAGGUCAUUGCCAAGGCAGAGAAGAUUGCCAAGGAAUCCGCUGCCUAGAUAGAUCAAAAUUUUCAUGAAUUCAUCAUGUUACGGAUAUUUGCAAAUAAUUUAAUUUUUGGCAAUGCCAAUAUCUUGAGUUUUAAUUUUUGUUUCCAAAAUUUCUGUUUGAGUUUUACUUCAACAACGGGAUUGUGAUACGGAGUGGAGUUGAGAGCCUCCCUGAUAAUCCCUUGUGAAAUAAGAAGUGGGUUAAGACGACAAACUUGUAUAUCCUUUUUUUCCGUCGAAUUUAUAUCAUAUUGGAUUUUUCUAUAA